AAAAUGUGUGUGCGAUUUUUAUGAUUGGUGCUGUUGAUGCUGAAGAAUUGUUGUUUUUAUCAAAAAUAAUCUCAAUAGCUUAUUAUUACGAUAGUGUAUCCUGUGUUAAACAAGAUUGCCCGAUUUUAUCUCAUACUUAAAAAGUCUAGGGAUGUCAGAUCCACAUGACGAACUUUGUCCACCAAAUCAGGAAGAUGACGAACUUACGUUACCGCGUGCUAGUAUCAACAAAAUUAUAAAAGAAUUGGUUCCUUCAAUCCGAGUUGCAAACGAAAGCCGAGAACUGAUAUUGAACUGCUGUACCGAAUUUAUUCACUUGAUUAGCUCGGAGGCCAAUGAAGUUUGUAACCAACGAAAUAAAAAAACAAUCAAUGCUGAACACGUCUUGGAGGCUCUUGAUCGUCUUGGGUUCAAAGACUAUAAACAGGAAGCUGAAGCAGUUUUAAACGAUUGCAAACAAGUGGCGGCAAAAAGGAGACGUCAAAGCACACGACUCGAAAAUCUUGGCAUUCCCGAAGAGGAGCUGUUACGGCAACAACAAGAAUUAUUUUCCAGAGCGCGUGAAGAGCAAGCAGCUGCUGAACAACAGCAAUGGUAUAACGUACAAACAGCAACAUUACAGAACGCCGAGCUUUUUCCUAAGCAUAUUUCUCAAGAAGAAGAUGACAGUGAUGAAUAUUAAAACAAAAUAAAUUAUUAAGAGUAUUAAAUAACAUUACUAUUGAAUGCUGAAACUGCAAUAUGUUUAUAAGUGAAUUUAUGAAAAACUAGCAGAUUGGUCAUAUCAUGGUUCUCUUCGAAUGUGAAUCUUAUCGAAAACAAUUAAAUAUGUUAUACUAUCUGGCAUGGUUUGGGAAAUAAAGGAUAUAUUUAUAAAUUUUUUCAGAAA